UGGCACACCUGGCAGCCAGGCUGACUAUUGCUGCUCCAGGGCCUCCUCCCAGCCUCAGAUUUCAGCUCAGCAUCUCCAGCAGCCUGGCUCAUGGCUCUGCUAUUUUCCUUGAUCCUCGCCAUUUGCACCGGACCUGGUCUCUUAGGGUCUUCAUCCAGUGUGCGGCUGGUGGGAGGUGACCACCGCUGUGAAGGGCGGGUGGAGGUACAGCAGGCCGGCGAGUGGGGCACCGUGUGUGAUGAUGGCUGGGACAAGAACGAUGCAGCUGUGGUGUGCCGGGAGCUGGGCUGUGGAGCCGUCAAGAGGGCAGUCAGUGGUACUUCAUAUGGGCCACUGACACAAGAAAAUCAAAAAAUCUUCAUCCAAGAAUUCAAAUGCAAUGGCAUGGAAGAGAGCCUGUCUCAGUGUGAAAGGGAAGAUUUUUUCGACUGCACCCACGAGGAGGACGCAGGAGCUGUAUGUGGGUUCGAAGAGAAUGUGCGGCUGGUUGAUGGCCCCAAGCGCUGCCAGGGCCGAGUAGAGGUGAAGCACCAAGGGCAGUGGAAAACUGUGUGCAAAGCUAGCUGGAGCUUUGCAGCCACCAAAGUGGUAUGCCAGCAGCUGGGAUGUGGACGGGCCAUGCUGACCCGGAAAUGCUGCAACAAAGCCACCCAGGGCCAAGGGCCCAUCUGGAUGAGAAAGGCAUCAUGCUCAGGAAAAGAAAUCAGCCUUCAGGAUUGCCGUUCUGGGGUUUGGGAAAGGAACAACUGCACCCAUGAUGAGGACAUGUGGGUGGAAUGUGAAGAUCCCUUUGAACUGCAGCUGGUAGGAGGAGACAGCCACUGCGCUGGGAGGCUGGAGGUGCUGCACAAGGGCGAGUGGGGCACUGUCUGUGACGAUGGCUGGGGAGAAGAAGCCGACCAGGUGGUAUGUAGGCAGCUGGGUUGUGGGGAGUCCCUCUCUCCAUCUGCCAAAUUCCGGAGAAGAUUUGGCCCUGGGGUCGGCCGCAUCUGGCUGGAUGACGUUGCUUGCUCAGGGGAGGAGAGGUCUCUGGAGCAGUGCCCGCAUAGGUUUUGGGGCCAACACAAUUGCAACCAUGCAGAGGACGUGGCUGUGGUCUGUGCAGAACAGUAGCCUGGCCUAUCUGAAGCUCAACCCAACCCCCACAGGCCCCACGUGUCCCCUACUUUUCAUGGACCCUGAUUGGCCUGGCCUGAGCCCCGCUCUGCCCCCCGCAGGCGUCUGAACCCUGUGCCCUACCUUGUUCUAGAGCCACGCACUCCUGUCAUUGCCUGGAGACAUGAGCUGUUGAAUGCCCUCUGUCAGGGAAGAUGAGCCCACAGUCACCCUGGAUUCCUGUGCUGCCUCUUCCCUCACAGCCUGGGAUCCCCAGGCUGGUGCCCUGACCAGUGUGGGCCAUGGCUGGGCACCACCUAUGUCCGUAGAGAACAUGAAAGGAACCAGACCAUUACGUGGAACCUGGGGAGGAAGCUCAGAGACUUUUAGCUCUUUUUCUCAUGCUUGAGGUGAUCACAACAACUGAUAACACCUCACUGCCCUCCUGCUUCUCGGGGGCAGCACAUUCUUUCAGGAGCAGGGCAGCAUCCUGUAAUUGUAGACGCUUUGAUGGUCCUUGGAAGCAAUGGUGCGCCCCUCAAAUGCCUGCAAUAAAAAUCCUUUGUUGACCCUCCAA